CCAAGUCAACUAAAUUGUCAACGAAGUUAUCAUGUUAAAAGUCUUCCCACAGCUCAUGCUCCAAGCAUCCCAAUCUCAUAGGAACUACAAUCUUAGUGUUAGUUUGUGAUGAUGGCUCAACCUAGUGGUGCACCUGUAUUCCAUCCAUUUUCUGUCAUCAGUCCUGAGUUCAUUGCACCAGAAUCACUUGAAAUUAUAGUCGAUAAGUAUCCUUGUAGAAGCCUUGUGAUCACUGAUAUUAAUCAUAAGAUCUUGCUGAAAGUAAAACCGUGUGACACAACCUUCCAUCGUCAGCGCGUGCUACUUGACGCUAACGACAAGCCCAUCUCGAUGCUCCGGGAUAAGGGUAUGAGUAUGCAUAGUAGAUGGAAUGUAUUUAAGGGUGAAAGUAAAUCCAAUUCGGACAUGAUAUUUAGUGCAAGUAAAGAACACGCAGUGUUCCAGUUUAAGAUCAAUAUUAGAGUGAUGUUGGCAAACAAAAUGAGAAGCAAUGAGUCAUGUGAUUUUAGGAUCAAAGGGAGUUGGUCAAAGGGGAACUUCACUAUAUAUAUGGGAGAUUCUUCAACAGCAAUAGCCGAGAUGAGUAAACCCCAAGCUUUGAAGUACGCUGCGGACAAAUUCACUAUGACAAUCCAACUUAACAUGGACUAUGCAUUUGUGGUUGCACUUUUUGCAAUUGUUGACGCCAUUGAAAACCCUGAUGAGGUUAAAAAAGGUUCCGGUGGGAGUGUUGGAGCUGCGUUUGAUGUUCUUGGUGCUGUUGGUUCACUCGGGAAUUAGACUCAUUUUCCAAUCAAAAGUUCAUGUAUGUGUACUAUUUUGUUGUCUCAUUGUAAAGAUUAAUGUUUUCACAUGAAAUCAUAUGUAUUCUAUUGAAGUUAAAACCAUCACUUUGGUUUUAGUGACGACCAAAAUCCGUCGCCAGUUCCAUCUUUGA